AUGGCGUGUUUAAGUCCGAGUAGGCUCUGUGCUCGUGUUCAAGAUAAGUUAUUGUGUCAAUUCGGACAUAAAGUUCGAAGGCAAACUGUAUUUGUGAAACUCAAACCUCCUGGACCAACUCCAUUGAGGAUAUUUGGAAAGACAUGUCAGCGUGUGACGACAUGUGGGGCGGCAUGUGGUUCGGGUGGCGUAGGCCCUGCGGCGGCCGGCGCUGUCCGCCGCCUCGCCUCCAGCCUGCAAAGCACCAGUACUGGCUCCCUCCCAGACUACGGCACACAGAUCGUUGACCCUUAUCGCUUACUAGAAGAUGAUCUCAAUGGCAUUUACGAGGAUAUACGAUCGGAGCUGGAACGGAACACAAACCAAGCGGAAUUAAACACCAUAGCCACAUACUACUUCGACGGGCAGGGCAAGGCUCUGAGGCCGAUGGUCGCCAUACUCAUGGCUAGAGCUGUCAACUACCACGUCUACGGGGAAAAUAGCGCACUGCUGCCAUCACAGCGACAAGUAGCGAUGAUCAGCGAGAUGAUCCACUCGGCGUCACUGAUCCACGAUGACGUCAUCGACCAGAGUGACUUCCGCCGCGGGAAGCCCUCCGUCAACGUGCUCUGGAACCAUAAAAAGGUGGCGAUGGCCGGCGACUUCAUCCUCGCCGUGGCGUCGAUGAUGAUAGCUCGCUUACGCAGCGACGAGGUCACACUCGUUCUCAGUCAGGUGGUGACUGAUCUAGUGCAGGGCGAGUUCAUGCAGCUUGGCAGCAAGGAGACAGAGAACGAGCGAUUUGCGCACUACCUUACGAAAACUUAUAGAAAGACAGCCUCACUAAUCGCCAACUCUGUUAAAGCGGUGGCGCUGCUGAGCGGCGCGGACGAGGCGACGUGCGAGCUGGCGUUCCAGUACGGGCGCAACCUGGGCCUGUCGUUCCAGCUGGUGGACGACCUGCUGGACUUCGUGUCGUCCGCGCAGGCCAUGGGCAAGCCCACGGCCGCCGACCUGCGCCUCGGCCUCGCCACCGCGCCCGUGCUCUUCGCCUGCGAGAAGUACCCGGAGCUGAACCCGAUGAUCAUGAGGCGGUUCCAAGAGGCGGGCGACGUGGAGAAGGCGUUCGAGCUGGUGCACCAGUCGCGCGGGCUGGAGCAGACGCGCUUCCUGGCGCGCAAGCACGGGCUGCAGGCGGCGCGCCUGGCCGCCGAGCUGGCCGACUCGCCCUACCAGAAGGCGCUCGCCGUCACCACCGACCUCGUGCUCAACAGGAUCAAGUAG